AUGCAUUCGCAGGUCGCGCAGAGGCAGCGAGAUAACGAGCAGCAGGCAGCCCUGGUCUUCGACCUUUCUGACGCGGUGAAAGUCAAGCUCCGCGAGGAUGCGAACCAGCUCGCGCGCCUCAAGCAGCAGAUGCUGCAUGAGAACGAGGCCUACCGAAAGGACCAAUCAGUGGUGAAGCGCAUCCAGGGAGCGCUGCUGGGCGCCGCCUCCUGGGGCGGCGCCUCGGCCGACGCCGACGCCGCCGGCACCAACGGCAGCGCCUCGGCCGGCCCCACCGGCUCCAGCGCGUCCGGGGGCGCCGCCGAGCGCGCGGCGGCGCUGUUCUCUGCGCUGCACAAGGGCGGGGUCCGGGACUGGGUGCUCGGGCGCGCGCCCUCAGCCGGCAGCGCCGAGGGGGCGUGGCAGCGGGCCGCCGCCGCGGCGGCCGCGGCGGCGCGGGAGGACGAGGGGGACGGGUGCAGGGAGCUGGUGCCGUGGGCGGGGUCGGCGCUGGCGCAUUAUGAGGGGCCCCUCUCGCGGUCCCUGACGGUGCAGCGAGCACGCACCGCGGCGGCGGCGGAGGCGGCGCAGCUGGUGGGGCGGGCGCUGGACCAAGUGCUGGAGGGCGAGCGAGAGGGAGCAGAGUCGCCGUCGCCGGCCAACUCGCCCGGGGCCGCGCGCGCGCGGCUGGCCAUUGCCGCUGGCCAGCAGCAGGGCCAGGGGCAGCUGGCGGUGCAGCGCCGGCGGCCGGCGCCGCUUGAGAUGUCCGUGGACAGCUUCUCCUUUGGCCAGAGGCCCGACGAUCCGGAGACCGAGUCGCCGCCGUUCCCAGCGCAGCAGCACGACCUCCGCCGCAGCAUCACCAGCCGCAUGCUGAGCCCCUCGUCGGCGCUGGAGAGCGUCGGCGCCGGCGUGCCCCUGCUGGCCGCCGUCGGCCACGGCGUCGCCGCCGCCGUGCGCCUGGGGUCGGGCCGGCCGGGCCGCGCGCCGCAGGCCGCGGACGGCAUGCACGCCUCCGAGCAGGCCGCAGGCGCGGCGCGCGGCGGCCUUGGGGGCUCCCAGGGGCCGCUGAUGCAGUCGAUCGGCGUGCGGCAGAGCAUGUCGGUGUCGCAGCUGCUGGGGGGAGACGAGGAGUCGUUCCAGAAGCUGCUGUCCAGCGCGCUGGCCGGCGAGCGGCCGCCCAGCGGGCCUCUGCUCGAGCGGCGCGAGAGCGCGCACGCGCAGCAGCGGGAGCGCCUAGUGGAAGAGAUCCCGGUCGCGGGGCCCACACGCGAGGGCGCCGCAGGCAGCGGUGCUGCCGGCGGCGCGAGGGCGCCAACUCCGCCCCAGCAGCAGCAGCCGCCGCCGCAGCAGCAGCAGCCGUCGCCGCCCGCAUCACGCCGCCGCACGCCCGCGUCGUCCCUGUCGCCGUCGCGCCGCACGUCGGCGGGCAUGUCGGCCGGCGGCGCGUUCCACGGGUCGCUGCCUCAAGGGGAGGCGAUCCUCGCGUGGGGCAGCGGCAUGGGCAGCAUGCGCAGCUCCGCGGCCGGCGCCGCCGCGCCGCCGCGCGUGCCCCACAGCAUGCAGCCCGUGGCCGA